AUGCAUCAUCUCUCUACAGAGAAUAUCAUCUUAAAACUGCGCUGCCAAGGCCUUGAAGAAGCUCUACAACUAGAGAAGAAGAAGCGCCAGCGAGGCAAGCCUCUUCUUUUUGAAUUACGAGCCCCUGAGGAUGGUUACGCGGUGUUUUACUCUCCUAAGAAGAUUCAGCAAGCUCGUGACCUUCAAGCGGAGAAAGAUGAAGCUAUACAGCUCGCUAAAGCUUCAAAAGAAGAGGAUAGGAUUCGUAAGCAGCGAGAGAAAGAGGAAAAAAAGCUUUUAGUCGAAGAACGCAAGCGAAUUCGCGCUUCCAAUCGAGAAAUGAGGCUCCGUGAAGCAGAAGAAAAGAAGCGGAAAAAGCAGGAUAAUCAGCUCGCUAAGCAAGCUGAUAUACAGCUCCAAAAUGACUUCAAUUCGGCUCAGCGAGGCAAAAGUAAGCCUCCUAGCAUACCGCGGGCGAAAAUUUCAAAUGAUAUCGCUCCUGUAGGCGUUGAGGUCGUUGAACAGGCUCCUCCAACGCUCAACCGCCGAGGCAGGCAAAUACGCCUCCCACAGCGCUUUCGCGAUUAA